GCAAUACUGAAGCCCUAAAUGUGGACACAGUGAUCUCCACCUGCUCUUUCUAAUCACUGGCACAACACACACACACACACACCUCAGCAGCCAAGUGUUUCAGGACCACACACACACACACACACACACACACAUACACACACAUACACACACACAAAAUGGCAGCUGGAAGAAACAAGAGGAAGGAGUAUUUGUCAGUAAAGGACCUGGAGAAAGUUUUGGACUCCUGCACUCUGGAUCUGCACCAAAUAGAUGAAGUCUGGCCAAAUCUGUACAUCAGUAAUGUGAGAAUCGCUCAGAACAGGACGACGCUGCAGCGGCUCGGCAUCACACACAUCCUGAACGCCGCACACUCCAAACGCGGCAGCAUCGGGGACCAAAACUUCUACGGCACGAGCUUUGUUUACUGCGGGAUCCCAGCGGAAGACUCGUCUCAUUUCGACCUGGACGUUUACUUCAGACCUGCUGCAGAUUUCAUACACAAAGGCCUGAAAACUGCGGAUGGGAAGGUGCUGGUGCAUUGCAUUAUGGGUAUGAGCCGGUCGUCCUCAUUAGUGCUGGCGUACCUGAUGCUGUAUCACCACAUGUCUCUGCGCUCAGCCAUCCAGCGCCUCGUCCAGAAACGAGCCAUCUACCCCAACAGGAACUUCCUGGCUCUGCUGCUCGACCUCGACCUGCAGCUGAAGAGGAAACGCAAAACCUGCAUCCUGCUGUAAACAAACAAACAAACAAACAACACACUUGAGCUGGUCUACAUGGUAACAAGACACCAAGGAACGAGGAACCAGAGUAUGUGAUUAUUGCGGAGCAGUCACAUGGGAAAGCUGGGCCAAUCAAAUAAAAGCAUCAGAUAACUAAGACUGUGUUCCAGUACUGUUUUUAACGCGCCUUUGUCCACUUUCUUAACUUCAAGUUUGUUAAACAGCCACUUGAAAGCCGGCUCAAGUCCGAAGGCAUUGCCGUGUACUGCCAUUUCUGCAUGCUAGCUACUUAUCGAACGAGCUAGCAACAUGGAGAUCUCGAAGGACAUGGGUGCAGAAUGUGCUCCUGUUAAAGAAUCGGCCACACACUUCCAGUUUUUAAGGAGAAGUGGACGAGGGCGCGUUGAAAACAGUGUUAAAGGGCGAAGACGAACUGACAGAGUAGGUGAUAGCACUAUCUAAAUAAUUAACGUGAAGACAUCCCAUAAUUUACACCAAACAAAGUGCAAGAGUGGAACAGGAAACAUAAGAACAGGAAACAUUGACCAUAUAAGGAAAGGGUGAGGAACAUGGGACACAUGGCACACAGAGUAUGAUGGGUAAACUGGGACACAAUCAGGAUGGACAAAACUCUGAUACUGACUCGAAUAAGAACAGGAAACCGUGACCAUAUAAGGAAAGAGGUGGCGAAAGACAAAGGGGGAAAAACAGGACAGAUAAAUAACAACCAUAAGCGGGAACAGGGACAGAAUCAGGGCAGAUAUAACACUUAUGAUGAGAAGAAAACAGGAAAUGACCAUAUAAGGAAAGAGCAGAGGUGCAGAGAAUGUGAUGUGGCAACAAUCAGGGAGGAUGUGUUUGUAUUUUAUCAGUGUACGAUAAACAUAAAUACUGCUAUAGUUGAUCACAUCACAGUAUAGCGCGCACACACACACACACACACACACACACACACACUAAUAUCAACACCUCUUUGAUUCAUUAAUUUAUUACUGAACGUAACGUUACUCAGAGGACCAAUGAGUUAAAGGUCAUUUUUAGUUCACUAACAGAAGGUGUGUAAGUUAGAUAAAAAUGUCCUUUUUGUUUUGGAAACUAAUAAAUAAUAUAUAAUAUAUAAUAAUAAUAAAUAAUAAAGGGUAAAAUUAAAUUCUGUUUCCUUUCUCUUUACUGAAUUAAAGAAAAAGUUCUCUCAGAAAUGUAUCGUAUACUGUUGGCUGUAUAAGAGUAUCUCUGGGAUUUUAGUCCGAAUCUGUCAUGUUAAUAUUUUUUACAGACUGUGUGUGUGUACGAGGCUGGAAAAAUUAUUUUCCCUUCUAUAAACUGAGCAGUAGGAAUAACUCCAGGUAAUAUAAAUCCCGUCUGAAUGGACAUGUGGGUAAAGAUUGUGUUAAAUCCUGGGGGAAAAGAGGUUUAAAGAGGUUUUUCUUCGGUAUAAAGACGCUCCAGGAAGCGCUCGCUUCUCUUUUUCUCUUUUCUUACAUCUCCGAAACCAGAAGUUUAAAAAAAGGAGAACAAUAAAAUAUAGACAAGGUCAGAGAAGCGACGCUUCCGAGGGUUUAGUGAAGUUACUGAGUUCCUACAGACAUGUUAUGGUCAUUACUAACGUUACUGAACACACACAUGUCCGAAAAAUCUGAUCCUGUCUAAUCUAAUAGCGGUUAUGAAUAUGUAAAUUGGAGACGCCUGAAAGCUCCGCCCCUCCUCCUG